AUGGCGCUAUUGAACAACGAGACCGAUGUCUCCGUACUCGUCGAUGGACUUGACCAUGUUGAGGGAAUCGCCUGGGGACCGGACGGGUACUGCUACGCGGGUGGGGAGGCAGGCCAGAUAUACCGGAUCGACGUGGAGCGCAAAGAGGCAGUUCAAAUUGCGGACACCGGUGGGUUCAUACUCGGUCUGGCUCUUGACGCGCGGCACAAUAUAUAUGCCUGCGACACCGGCAACAAGGCGGUCAUGAAGAUUUCUCCAGACGGAGGCGUGACGAAGUACACCACCGGUGCUCCGGGCGAGCCGUUCAACAAUCCGAACUACCCGGCGUUCGACGCCGACGGCAACCUUUACGUCUGCGACUCAGGCGACUGGAAGUCCGACAACGGUAAGAUAUACAGAAUCAUGCGCGGCGGUGCGACAGAGGUCUGGACUCGCUCACUCUGCGAAUUUCCCAACGGCCUCUGCGUGGGUUCUGACGGUUCAAGCCUGUUCGUGGCGAUGAGCCUGAAUCCUCCUCGCAUUUCCGAGAUUUUAAUAGCGCCGGAUGGCUCCGCCGGAUCUGUGCGAACUGUCGUUGAGAUUCCCGGCGCGGUGCCGGACGGCGUGGCUUUUGACACCGAUGGGAACCUGUACGUGGCCUGCUACCGUCCUGAUCGAAUCUAUCGAUACUCGGCUUCCGGGCAGCUCGAAGUGCUUGCGGAUGACUUUGAAGGCACGAUCAUUGCGGCACCGACAAACAUCGCGUUCUGUGGCGCGGAGCGGGACAUUCUGCUGAGCGCCAAUCUGGGCCGCUGGCACAUCACCCGCUACGAGACAGGUGCCAGGGGACUGCCCUUGCAAUAUCCUGACCUUGGAUGA